CAUGUCACGUGCAUGAAAAGACUUGUCUUUGUCUUCUCCAAGUAUCGCCCAUUUCUCUGUUCGUUUUUGCGUUCGAUGGCCAGUUCUAGCGAGACUACGUUUCCUCACUUUGCUACAGACGCUAUUCACGUCGGUCAGGAACCGGAGCAGUGGAGCUCCUACGCGGUCGUGCCCGUCAUUUCGCUCUCGACGACAUUCAAGCAAGACGGACCAGCAAACUUGCACGCCGGGUUUGAAUAUAGUCGAUCUGGCAAUCCUACUCGCAAUGUUUUUGAAAAGUGCAUUGCAGCUUGUGAAGGAGGAAAACAUGGUUUAGCUACAUCGUCAGGUCUUGCUGCCACUGUGUUGCUAACUCACCUGUUGAAGUCAGGUGAUCACAUUGUUAGUGUCAACGAUGUCUACGGAGGAACAAACAGAUACUAUACUAGCAUUGCAUCGAAAUUCAACAUCCAGACAUCAUUCGUUGACUGCACAAACCUGGACACAUUCAGAGCCUCAAUCAAGGAAAACACCAAAAUGGUCUGGCUUGAAACGCCAACAAAUCCUACGUUGAAAGUCAUUGAUAUUAAAGCUAUUUCAGCAAUUGCUCAUGAACGAAAAGACAUUUUGGUUGUGGUUGACAACACAUUUUUGUCGCCAUAUUUUCAAAGGCCGUUAGAGCUGGGAGCUGAUGUGGUCAUGCACUCGGUGACCAAAUACAUAAAUGGUCAUAGUGAUGUUGUGAUGGGUGUCAUUGUGACUAAUGAUGAUGAGCUUUGCGUGAGGAUGAGAUAUCUGCAGAAUGCUUUGGGUCCUGUUCCCAGUCCAUUUGACUGCUUCCUCGCUAACAGAGGGCUGAAGACCUUACACUUACGGAUGAAGGAACAUGAGAGAAAUGCGACAGCCAUGGCAACAUUUCUAGAGGGAAACCCCAAUGUACAAGAAGUUUUCUAUCCAGGAUUGGCAUCUCAUCCUCAACAUGAGGUGGCUAAACGUCAGUGUAAAGGGUUUGGUGGAAUGGUGGCUUUUCGUAUCAAAGGUGACUUGAGUAAUGCCAAGAAGUUUCUUAGUUCCCUCAAGAUCUUUACACUGGCUGAGAGUCUCGGUGGGUUUGAGAGUUUAGUUGAGAUACCGUCGAUUAUGACACAUGCAUCAGUCAGUGAACAAGAACGAAAGAUGUUGGGCAUCACAGACACUUUGAUUCGGUUGUCUGUUGGCUUGGAAGAAAGGGAUGAUCUCAUUGGUGAUCUUGAUCAAGCUCUAAAGGCGUCGUCAGUGUAGACAAUUUAGACUGACUUGAUUGGUAUAUACGAGCAGCAUGUUUACACCUGAUGAAUAUAUCGAGUAUGUAGUCAUAAAA